UGUGAGACAUGCGACCGGAACUACGUGGAGCGGAUGUUUCCAGUAGGGCAGAGAUCGGUGUGACACUGGCACAGUGAGUCUGAUGCAAGUGGAAUGAAUUAAACCAUCUAACUCAAAAAGUGUGUUACAGGUAAAGAUGCCGAGCGCGAUGGACCUGUACGAGCAGCUCACCGCUCAGGGACACGCAGUGAGGGAACUCAAGGCUCAGAAGGCCAAUAAAGCUGAGGUGGAGUGUGCAGUGCAGCUGCUGCUGAAGAUGAAGCAGGACUAUAAGCACGUCACGGGUCAGGAUUAUGAGGCUGGCCGGCCGCCGACACACACACACACCGCGACGAGCCGUGAUGCUGACGCCGACCCGGCUGAGGAUGAGGAGGAGGAGGAAGACGAGGUCGACCCCUGGAACGUGUGCACCAGCAGCGCUAAAGGAGUCGACUACGACAAACUCAUCGUGCGAUUCGGCAGCUGUAAGAUCGAGCAGGAGCUGGUGGACAGAAUCGCCAGAGUCACGGGGAAAACACCGCAUCACUUCCUGCGCAGAGGAAUCUUCUUCUCACACAGGGACAUGCAUCAGAUCCUGGACGCGUUCGAGAGCCGGAAGUCCUUCUAUCUCUACACGGGUCGCGGACCGUCCUCUGAGGCCAUGCAUGUGGGUCACAUGAUCCCCUUCCUCUUCACCAAGUGGCUGCAGGACGUGUUUGACGUCCCCCUGGUGGUUCAGAUGACUGAUGAUGAGAAGUAUCUGUGGAAGGAUCUGUCGCUGGAGGAAUGUCAUCGAUACACACUGGAGAACGCUCGUGACAUCAUCGCCUGCGGGUUCCACCCGGACAAGACCUUCCUGUUCUCCGACCUCGACUAUAUGGGGGCGAGUCCUGCGUUCUACAGGAACGUGGUGAAGGUCCAGAAGCACGUGACGUUUAACCAGGUCAAAGGCAUCUUCGGGUUCACAGACAGCGACUGUAUCGGCAAGAUCAGUUUCCCGGCCAUCCAAGCGGCUCCGUCCUUCAGCAACUCGUUCCCGCAGAUCUUCGGGGAGCGGAGCGACGUUCAGUGUCUCAUCCCGUGUGCCAUCGAUCAGGAUCCGUACUUCCGGAUGACGCGCGACGUGGCUCCGCGGAUCGGCUAUCUGAAGCCGGCUCUGCUCCACUCCACGUUCUUCCCGGCGCUUCAGGGCGCGCAGACCAAGAUGAGCGCUAGCGACGCCAACUCCUCCAUCUUCCUCACAGACACGGCCAAACAGAUCAAGAACAAGGUCAACAAACACGCGUUCUCCGGCGGGAAGGACACGGUCGAGGAACACCGGAAGCUCGGCGGGAAUCCAGAUGUGGACGUUUCCUUCAUGUAUCUCACGUUCUUCCUGGAAGACGACGAACAGCUGGAGAAGAUCCGGCAGGACUACAGGAGCGGCGCGCUGCUCACCGGCGAGCUGAAGAAGCGUUUGAUCGAGACGCUCCAGCCGAUGAUCGCCGCGCAUCAGGAGAGACGCAAGCUGGUGACCGACGAGACCGUGCGACACUUCAUGACCCCGCGCGAGCUGCGCUUCACCCGCUAA